UGGCGCUGUUUCGGAGCCAAUCUGACAACAAACCCAUGUUGUAGUGAGUCACAAGAUCAGGUUUGCUACAAAUAAUCAAAACAAAAUGGACAAACUGAAGAAAGCGUUGAGUGGAGACGAUGAAGACGAAGAGAAAGGGAUCGUCACACAGAUAUCUGAUGCCUCUACCUUAAGUUGGUCAACCAGAAUAAAAGGCUUCAUAGUGUGCUUUGUCCUCGGCGUUGUGUUAUCAACAUUGGGAACUUGUUUAUUAUUUGCAAGAAAUGGUCUGAUCAUGUUUGCUGUUUUGUACACUGUUGGCAACAUUCUGUCAUUAUCAAGUACAUGUUUUCUGAUGGGUCCUUUGAAUCAACUUAAAAAGAUGUUUGCGAAAACAAGAAUUAUUGCAACUAUUUUAGUUCUGGUGAUGUUUGUGUUGACAAUAGUGUUUGCAACAGCUCUGAAGAACGGAGCAGCCCUGGCCAUCCUGUGCUGCAUCCUGCAGUUCCUUGCCUUAACCUGGUACUCGCUGUCUUACAUCCCAUUUGCAAGGUGAGAGCAUGUAGCUGUACUGCCUGUCUUACAUCCCAUUUGCAAGAGAUGCUGCCAAGAAAUGUUUUGCUGGUUGCAUUGGAUGAACACUGCAAUAGUCUUGGACACAAACUGACCCUUCUGCUUGAAUGGAACAUCCAGUGGUCCUUCCGUCAUCCUGACUGGACUCUUCCAAUGCUACAUCGUACCUGACAUUAAGAAGGGUUGCCAUUUGUUUGAGUAAUUGUUUGUCAGCCAUGAGAGAAACUCAUGAGGUUUUUAUUGUUGCCUGUCAUCUGAAUCAAUUAUUAACAAAAUCAUCAAAAAUCUAUUACAUUUCCCAUAUUUAUGUACAAUAUGCAUUGAAUGCUUGAACACAGUGAUUGCAAACUACAAGUAUUCACUUGAAUUCAUCUUUGUCGCGUUGUUGGUCAGGUAAUGUUAAAAAUUAGUUACCACUGGGGAUCUUGUUAGAAAUAUGAUCAAAUACUUUUUAUCAAAACAUAUAUGGAAAAAAAACUUCAGAAGUGAACAAAAAAGUGUUCAGUGGUAACUGUAGGUUCAUAAUAUGCAUGAUAAGAAAAUGGUUCUGUUUUGACUGUUUCAAGGUCGUUUUUUAGUGGUAUGUUUUCUAAUGGUACAGGUAUGUACGUAUUCAGAUUGUUACAGUGACAGGUUGUUUCUGUGUCUCGGUGUCAAUAUCAGUUGGAACAAGAAGUGCAUGCAACCUUUGUGCCAUGUGUAUCAUAACAUUAUUAUUGUACAUAUUGUUGCCAUAUUGUGUGGCUAUGUUUCCUGAGCCACAUUCUGUUUGGAGACUGCCAUUCAUGUCCCUUGAUACACUCACAUCAAACAAGAUCUUUCACUAUAGAUAGUUCAGAAAUGUUUGACGUGACACACUUUUCAGUAUCACCGAUUCUGAUGUUAGGCUUUAAAAGUUGCAAAUUAAUCAGUAGCUCUGAAUAGCUUAACAAUUCUAAAUAACCAAAUGCCAAAUAUCUUUGCUUGUCAUGAAAUGUAUAUUAUAACAUCACAUUGUGAUGGAAGUAACAAUGUGUGCAUUUCUCAGCUCCAUGUGCAUGAUAAACACAGUCAAGGGAAAAUUAGCUGAAAUCAGCGAGUUCAAAUGUUCAGAGCAUCUACACUAGCAGUGUACUUAGUGUUUCAUUUACUGUUUACACUUCAGACAAAGGAAUCACAUAUGUCAUACUGGCAGACAAACAAGUUUGAUUCAUGUCAUACCACUUUUCUUGUCAGGUAACUCAAUGUUAUGGUGUCCAUCAAUCUGUUAUUUAUUGCUACUCUAAUUUCCUCAGUUACUCAGUUUCACUUGUAGAUUAAGAUAUAUCAUGGAGUCCUAUACUAAACUGUGCAGCAGUCUUUGGACCUGGCUUCUUCCUCUUGAACAUAGACUGCUCAGCUGAAAAUCUGCCAUUUAACUUAUAUCUUUGAAAAAUUAUUCAGGUUCUUGCAAAUUAAGAAAAAGAAAUUUAUCAUAACCAACACUGAGGUCAGUGUUAUUCAAUAGAGCCUUUUCAUCUUAAUUGUUUAGUCAGUCUGGUUCGUCGUGUUCGAAAUUCAAAAUGUUUAGUCUUAAGUAGAUUUUGGUGUAUGCAACUAAAACCAUUCAUCAAAGUUCUCAAGGUGAAAACAUAUGGCUGUACUAUUGUUAUACAUCCCAUUUGCUGGGUGAGAACAUGCAGCUGACCGCUCCUCAUGUCAAGUACGCAGGUUCGAUUCUCCUCAUGGGCACAAAGUGUGAAGUCCAUUUCUGUUUUUCCCUGUCAUUAUAUUGCUGGAAUCUUGCUUAAAAUGGCUCAAACUCACUCAAUUCCCCAUGGUUGUUGUUUCCCUUAGGUGCAGCAGGAUACUUGGUUUCCAGAUUCAACCUCAUUCCCCCCUUGUUACCUGGGGGUAAUUAGUUUAUCAGCACCAUACACCUGUUUGUGUAUUUUUUAGCAAGUGGUAAACAUUUAAGACGGGAAUCAUGUUCUUUCAUCAGUAAGCACAUACACCUGAUGUAAUAACUGAGACUUUGAACAAGCAGUGUUAGGCCUCACUCAUCUAUUUACUUUGAUUCGUCUGGUUAAACUGAUAUGAAGACACACUAAAAAACAAUACCUACCAGUAGGCUUCUAGAUUAUAGUUGGUGGGGUAGCCUAGUGUUUAAAGUGUUCGCUCCUCACACUGAAUACCCAUGUUCGAUUCCCCGCAUGGGCACAAUGUGUGAAGCCCAUUUCUGGUGUCCUGUGAUAUCGCUAGAAAUAUGGCUAAAAAGCAGCCUAAAACCAUGCUCACUCACUCACUCACACACUCUAGAUUAUAUUUAAGAAGGCUUUGUGAAACUAGAGUACAAAUCAAAGUUUGAUACUGUACCCCUUUCUGAAUGUUCUUGAUAUUCCUACAUCUUGGUUUAUCAUCAUAAAUGUUGUCACGUCCAGGUAUGGGGAUAUUUCCAGCUCUGUUGUAGCAUGUGCUGUUGUUUUUUGUCAGGUCAAAGGGUUCUUGUAACAGUAUAUGUUUGGACUCUCUUCCACUUCGGCCAAUAGCUGGUAUGGCUGCCCAAUACUAAGUCCUAAAGCAAACAUUUCAAAGGAAGAGCUCAGAGGGGUAUAAUAAUUGUUGAAUGUAAAGAGAUUGUAUCCUGUCAACAUGGUUGAAAUUGAAAAAUCUGGAACUGCUGUGAGAAGUCACAGUUAAACUUUAUGAACAGUAAACACAAUGACAGAUAUAUGAAGUUGGUAUAUGACCAAGUCAUGAUUUAUCAAGUCAGUCAGAAUGCUCAACUCACAUAAUUAAUGAGGUUUAAUUAUGUACAUACUGCACAAAACAUUGCCUUCAUGUUCAGGUUUUUAAGUCACAAUACAUGUAUUUUGAAACAUAAUUUUGCAUCAGGGAUGACAGUUUGUGGUGAAUUCUUAUUUUUAUACAGUGGUGAAUACAAAUAUUCUGUCCAACCUCUGUUGCCUUUUGUGCUCCCAAUUCAGUGCUAUAACUAUUUUCAGAUGGUAUAUUUUCAAAUAUUAAAUGCUGAAUCAAUAACUCUAUACUUGAGUUUUUAUGUGAGAUCUUCCAAUACUGUUUAUAUGACAUUGUUGCAAAGUAUAUUUUCAAAAAAGAUUCUGUAUUUGAAAAGUGGUUGAUAUAGUUUAAAAUGCCAUAAGUCUGUUACCUUUUAAAUCGGAUGGCAGCAUAAGAAGUGAAUAUUUGAAAUGAUGUGAAGUAUAAUGUAUAAACUUAAAUAGUCUUUUUCUCUUAAAGUAGAUUGUUAUUAUCUGAUUAAGGUCUCUCCAAACAUAUUUUGUGUUUCCUAGCUACACUGGUCAUUUCACCAAAUUAACAUGUUCAGGCAUGAGUGAACUUUCUUGAAAUCUUAAAACAUUGGUAGAUUAUUCGUAAUAAGGUCGGCUUAAUGGUGGACAUUACGGGAGUGAUUCCACCAGAUUCUGAUUCGUUGUUAGCCAGUAGUUAGUGUGUAGUCACCACUUACACAUUGUUGCAUGUACUGUGCACAUGGCUGCUGUCCCACGCUAUCGUUGCAUGUACCGUGCACAUGGCUGCUGUCCCACGCUUUGAUAUUGCUGGAAUAUUGCUAAAAGCGGCGUAAAACCAUACUCACUCACAUCAAGCUCUCGUUGAAUACCUGUAAUAUUCAUAAUGCAAAUAAUAAAUGCAAGAAUGAUUUUUUCAUUUGUUUGUAUGGUAAUGAGUUUCUUGGAGGACCAGCUCUUUUAAACAGUUAAUAGCCCAGUUGGUAGAUAGUUUGUGUAUUCUUCAAUCUAGCGGUUAUGAAAGACUGUUCCUCAUUACAAACCAUAUUUAUUUAUGGAUUAUGAAUUGUUGUUCAGGUUACUGAGGAGUCUGUUAAAAUGGUGCUUAUGAUAUGAUUAUAAAUGUUGAGCUGGCCUUUUGGAAUGGUUUGUUCAUGCUGACUUUCUUCGAUCAGCUUCUAGAAGUCAUACAUGACUGAGAUCUUGAGAAUGGCCAUGGUACCAUGUCAUGAAAUAACACACAUUCUAUAUUAAGAUAUCUGAAUGGUAUACACACAUUGUGCUGAUUGACCGAAAGAACUGUGACGAAAGUGCCCAUGGUGCUUACUGUUUAGUUGUAGUCUGAGAUAUGAUGCCAGUUAUCUUUGAGCCAUUUGUAUUCUUUCCCUUAGUGUCAUCUUGUUAAUGUCAUCAUGUAAAUGUUUUCAUGCAUGUGUUUUGCAAGUUUGUUUACAUGUGUAUUAUUCAUUCAUCUGUCAGGGGAUUUGUAAUAAAUAAUACAGAAGA